AUGUUACGGCGAGGUCAGUCAUCAGGUUUUUUUUUCAAUGAUUAUUAAUUUAAGUUCCAUUGAAAGCGAAUCUUUUAAAAAUUAAAAAAAAAUUGCUUUGGAGUGGAAGUUUUUUCAAAAAUUCUCAGGCCUUUUUUGAGUAUUUCAAAAUACCAUUUCAAUAUAAGUAUGUUAGGAAAAUUCGCAUCUAACAAAUUAAAUUUGAUCCUGAAAUUUAAUUUUUAAUUAAGCAUAAAAAUUGAACCACGGAAGGCAGUUUAUUCGCUGAAACUAGCUUAUGGCAACUGAAUCUCUCUGCAUCAGACCGGGUGAAAGAUGGCUACAAAUGAAGAACUUUCAUCCUUAUAUUCCGGCCAAUAACAGUACUUGAAGCUGCAAAUUGAUCCCGACUGAUCAGGUAAUGGAUGUUGGGGAUUAGCUGUGGCCGGACCGCUUCUCCGACGGCGUCAAGUGGCCCUAGGUGUAUGUCUGGUGCAUACACGGAGGCUUGCGCAACUCGGAUCGACUAGGCGCCACCACAAGUCGCACGCUGCCAACGUUUGUUUGGCUGAACGUCGUGCCUCUGCGAUCGCUUACCUAACAACCUCAGGUUAUGGGAUUUGAGGUAAUGCCUCUGUCAGAGGAUACAAAGAUUUACCUUUCUCUUUAGAAAGAAGAAGUUCAAAAGUUAUAGCUGAUAAUAGAUAGAUUUUAUAUAUUUUUUUCCAUAAGUUUUUGAAAAAACUUUCUGGUUCUGAAGGAAUUCAAAAAUGUUACUUUUUAACGUCUUCUAUUCUUUUUUCAAGAACCUUCCAAGAGACUUUUUCAACAGCCUUAAGCAAUGAAAGAAAUUUGUUUUUAUUUUGGCAGUUUGACUUUUUGAAUUGAAAGAAAUUCUUAUUCUCCAACAUUUUAUAUCUUCUGACGUUUUGGUACUCUCUUCAACUUCACAGCGAUUGUUUUAAUAACAGCUUCUGCCUUCCUUAUCUCGGCGGCGAGAAACAAGAGGGCGCAGACAUGUCAGACUCUUUCAAGUGAUGAUUAUUGGGUUUUGAAGUGCAAAUUCACACUCUGGCUCGAAACUCUAUAAGUGAUCUAAUCUCUAGAAGAUGUUGGACUAGUCGGAAAUCUUUUAUCUAUCUUUAAAAUAAAAUAUGAGAAAACAUAAUUUAUUAUAGCAAAGAAAAUUGAUCCCAUCUAACUAUCAUCUAUUACUCAUUGCAUACUAAAUUAUUUCUGAAACUGUUCAAGAAAUUCGAAAUUAUGAAUCAAGGCCCCGGGAAAAAUCAUGCAGGAGCGUUUGCGCGUGCGAAGGCUGGGCCAAACGGAAAGACUCAAGUUGAAAUUCGAUCCGCUACCGUAG